GUCGGGAAUCGGGAGGGGAGGCGGAGCGGAGGCGGGGCUUGGGGCUGGUUGAAGCGCUGGUGGGUAGGUGGGUUCAGACCGAGGGGACUACGGGUCGGCGUUGGGCUCAGUGGGCUCGAAACAAAGGACUCUCCGGUAGGGACUCGGCGCGGUGCCUUCUGACUGGUAGCUGAGCGGCCGAUCGAGGCUUCUCGGCCAGCUAGAACCCUCGCGGCGCGGUCUCAGUAGGCUUCUCCUCGGUUCCCUACAGCCAGCGCCGUGGUGGGGGGCCCGGCACAGCGGCACCUGCUGCUGAGGGACCCCGCGGCCCGCCCAGGUGCUCAUGAUGGGGCUGAUCUUCGCUAAACUGUGGAGCCUCUUCUGUAACCAAGAACACAAAGUAAUUAUAGUGGGACUGGAUAAUGCAGGGAAAACCACCAUUCUUUACCAAUUCUUAAUGAAUGAAGUGGUUCAUACAUCUCCGACCAUAGGAAGCAACGUUGAAGAAAUAGUUGUGAAGAAUACUCAUUUUCUCAUGUGGGAUAUCGGUGGUCAGGAAUCACUGCGCUCAUCCUGGAACACGUAUUAUUCAAACACAGAGUUCAUCAUUCUUGUUGUUGAUAGCAUUGACAGGGAACGACUAGCCGUUACAAAAGAAGAAUUAUACAGAAUGCUGGCUCAUGAGGAUUUACGGAAGGCUGCAGUCCUUAUCUUUGCAAAUAAACAGGAUAUGAAAGGGUGCAUGACAGCAGCUGAAAUCUCUAAAUACCUCACCCUUAGUUCAAUUAAGGAUCAUCCAUGGCACAUUCAGUCCUGCUGUGCUCUAACAGGAGAAGGGUUAUGCCAAGGUCUGGAGUGGAUGACGUCCCGGAUCGGUGUGAGAUAACUUCUUGCUUGGAAAGAGACUGCUCUAUUUAUUCUGUGACAUGAACAUUUUCCUAGUACUUCGGCUGCUAAGGCAGCAGCAUGUUUAAUUUAUAACAACACAAACCUCUAUGAGCAACACUUGAAUCAAGUGCAGCUGAACUGGAACAUAAAAGAUUUUUUCUUAACUUUUUUUUAAUGCACUAAAUCUUCAGUUGGAUGAACGUAACGUGUAACUAUGUCUUCAGCAACCUAAUUCUUCUGACUGCUGAUUCUAAUUCAAUGACUGCCUUGUAAGAAAUGUUGGUCAUCUGUUUAAUGUUUUCUGAAGUAUUGUAAUAACUUUAAUGACCAGUUUCUUUCAUUUCUUGACCACCCCCUUUCCCUACCAGAUAAUUCCUGGUUUGACAAAGCAGUAGUGGAAACCAUCAGGUACUGCUUGCAGACUUAACCAGCACUAAAUAUUUGCUCCCUCUUCCAACCACUUAUCUUUUGGACAGAACUUACAGAGAAAGAAAUCUGCCUAGAAGAUAGAUAUAUGUACAAGGAAGACUAACCAUCAUGAGAACCGCCUUUAAGUUAAUUUCUCCCACAUUAUUACAAGUCAUGGAAUAAUUUUAAGUUACUAUUAGCAUGGAAAUUAAGUAUGCUGUUUAUCUAAAAGAAUGAAAUUCACUUUUCUGCCUCCAGCAGAUUAGUUUUGACUAAAAACUAAUCAAGGAGACAUAUUUGAAAGCCCAACUUUGAUAGUAAAUAUUUUGGGUAAAUCUGAUAUUUUAAAAAUGUCGUAUUAUUCAACACGCACAUUAACUAUUGGAAAUUAUUAAAGCAUACCAGCACUACUAUCAGAACAAGACACUUGGAAUAUAUUUUGCUAUCAAUUAUAAGCAACUUUUAUUAUCAGCAACAAGGUCAACUAUUCCAUUUGCAAGGGAGAGCACAUCUGCUUUGGGCAGUAACUAAAGCAGAAGUAUAAACAUUUCGUUUCUUAAAAAUUUGAAAUUGUGUGUGAAUUUGAAUAGUGUUUCUACCACCAGCAGUAUAUUACUUAGAAAAUCAUAUGACUUUUCCUUAAAUCUAUCUGAGGUUAUAGUGUAAUAGGCUUAAAACAGUUGCCAUCUUUAUAGAACAUGAUGUUCUAAAGUCUUUUGCGGGGUUACAGGAAACUGCUGAAUUUAAUCCUAGCUUUUAAAGUGUUACUAGGAGACUGAAAGUCAACACUAACAUCUUAUAAAUUAAAAAAUAGGAAGAAAAAGUCAUAAUCUAUCAAAAGUUUAUUACAUAUCAUUCAGAAGUUUUCAAGGCAGUUGUCUAAUAUGAACAGUAAUAUAAAUAGUGCAUACUUAAGAGGGAGGAGAAGUAUUGUAAUUUUGAUCCUCUAUUUCAAAUGUGUGAUUUUGCUAUAAUGAAAGGGUUAAAAUGCAUACUUAGAGAAUAAUACUUCAUUUUUGCAGUAUUUUUUUCAUUUGGGUCAAAAAUAGGAUUCAGUGUUCAUAAGAAUAUCAAAAUACCUGUUCAAAGGUGGUUAUUUUAAUUUUAAUAUUUUUUUAUUGUAAAUUGGUUUUACUUUUGCUCUGUUUUCAGGUAAACUUGAUUUAUGAUAUUUAGUCUAAUUUAGUUGAAUGUGGUAACAUUUUCUUUCUGUUUAGUGGUAGCACACCCUAGAACUGAAAAAUGGCCAGAGGAGAGCUUUCUGGACUUGGGAACUAGUGACUUAUUAACCUUGUUUUGAACCUUUUUCUUAGUGAUUCUAUAGCAGGUAAAGGGUAAAUUUUGUUUUUAAUAAAAUCCAUUAUCUAGAAUAUGAAAGAAAAGCAAACAUAAAUCAAUAUGGAUGCUUUAUGGUAUGUGUUUGGGGCAGGGGGAGGAGGAAUUAUGAAGAUAACAUUUACCUAAAAGCACACUUGGCCAGAAUUUCUAUCUUGGUUAUAGAAUUUAGUCAUAAAUACUGAGGAUAAUUCUCUUAGCUCCAUCCUGAGAAAACAUAUUUAAUACCCCAGUAUCCAUUCUUCUUAUGAAAUUUAUCUUCUUAGAUCUAAUAAGAUUGGCUGGCUCAGUUUUCUUCUAUCAAAUUAUAUGGUUAUUUUUUUUAUAUUACCAUAUCAGCAUUAUAUUGAAAGUGUUUUUAAUAGUUGAUUGUAUUUUGUCAGACAACUACUAGUAUAGAUUCAAGUUUGCUAUUUAAUUUUUUAAAAUACAAUUUAUUUUAUUUUCUAAAUUUUUUAAAAAAGCAUUGUUAGUUUGGGAUUAGAAAUGGUUUAUGUUAGUUAGCUGUGUUGAAAAUGAAAUCAGCAUCCCGCUAGUUUUUGUGGCAAUGAUUGGGAAAAGUUCAAAUAGGAGAUUCAUGUAAGACUUUUUAAAGCUGCUUUAUAGGUUCUCUUUAGAGAUUUCCUGUUACAGUGAUAUGAAAACUGAUUAUCCUUUACUCCAAGAGAAUGUUUUGUUUGACCCAAGCAGGUAUGUUAAUACUAAAACAUUGAUUCUGACAUUCAUUGUCAAUCAACUGCAAGAUACUGCGUGAUGAAAAAUGUAAAUUUGUAAUUAGUGCCUUUAUUCACAGUCUGAGAUGAGCUCUCAGUUUUGUACUAUACUUGUUCUUUAGAAGUUGGAUUAACAGCUGAUUAACUGGACACUGAAAUAAUUCGAGAUUCACCCUCCCCACCAACCCUUCAGUUGCUUCAGUAAGUAGUGGAAAGUAAGGGACCCACCCACAUUACUUUUGGGAGAUUAUUCUAGAUUUUAUUUUUAUUUUGAGGAUGAAGAAAUGAAAGUUUAACAAAUCGUUUCAAUAUUUUAUUAGAACUGAAAUGUAACUGCCACCCAAAUAUAUGGCAUUUUUCUUCAUUUUGAACAUGUUACAUUCUUCAUAUUUAAACCCACUGUUCUUAUUGUAGCGCAUUUGGGAACUCUAGGAUUAACAGGCCCUUUUCUUUGGGAAUAUAUUACAUAAUUUGUAUUGUUAGUAUAAUUUAAUUCCUUAAAAUCUGAAAUAAUAUAUAUAUAAUCUACUGGAAAGCUCAUGGUUAAAUACAUAAUUUUUGCUUUUAGAUUCUGUGUUAGGUGUGCUUAAAGGUAUUAUUUUAUUCUAUAUUCAUUAGAGGAAAGAUAAUAAAUUCAAGUUUUAUUGUUAAAAAUAAUUUUUGAACGGGCACUUAACCCUUAUAGCCAAAGUCAUUUUGUUUAAGCAUAAAUUAACUUUUAUUUUCUAUAGCUAAAAGAGAAAAUAAUUAUUUUCCUAUGGAAACAGUGAGUGAUACAGGCAGUGCUGUAAACAAUAUUCUCUGAAGAGCUAUGGGGAGUCAAGGCAAAGAAAAUUUUAAAGAAAACAAUAAAUCUUUAUAUUUUUUAAAAAUCUUUUUGGUGUAGUAUCUUAGGACAAAUUAGAAAUGGAGUUGUUUGUGACUAGCACUCAUUUGAUUCUUAGCUAUGUAAAACUAUCAGUAGAAAAACGUGGUGGUGUUAUGCCUAUGGAUGGGUAAAUUCCAUUGACAUUUAUAUUUGAAGACCAACUUUAUGAGUCUAAACUUUUCUCUGUGGCUUUGGAUCCAAAAUAUGUCAUAUCCCAUUUAAUUCUAAAGGACCUUUUAUAUUUUGUUGGGAUACAGUCACUUCAAGAUGUAGUCUGGUAACUUGUAUCUAGUAGAAUAUUGUGCUGGCUGUCUAAAGAAGUGGAUUUGAAUCUUAAUUUGGCCAUUAAUUGUCUAGUUGACCUUAGACUGUUACUGUUCAACACAGCCUUUCUAUUUUUUCCCCAUACUAAGGAACUUAAGCGAACUAGAACUCCGUACCUUUUGGUUUUCAAAUCUUGAAUCCUUAUACACUACAUUAAAGUCAAAAAACUAAAAAUACCAAGAAAGGACAUGUAAUAUGAAGUUAAAUUCACUUUUAUCUAUUCUUUGAUUCCCACCUCAUUAUCAUUUUGUUUAGUUUAUAAAUACAAUCAAAUAAGAAAACAAAGUAUCAACUAGUAACUGCUACUCAGCUUAAGUUGAGCUCAGAGCUAAUGACAAUGCAGAAGAGAAAAUAAGCCAUAUUGUUAAGAAAAUUAUUUUAAGCUGCUGAUAAAACACCAGUGUUGUGUUUAAAAUUCUCUCUUCCAGAGAAUAUCCUGCUUCUUCCUGGCUUUUACUAAUUAGAAGUGGUCAGUUUGUUCAGUUUAUUGGCUUCAGUUGCUACCCCAAACUCCCAAUUCUGUUUGACUUUUCAGUAGUGAAACGAUAGUGCAGCCAGGCUGUCAAUAUUUUACAGACGUCUGUGUAAAUCUGAGAGUAGUUUACAUUCAAGGUUAGUUCCCUCAGUAAUGUCUCAUCCUUACUCAUUUAGGAUUACUGCGAAGCCUGAAAUCCAUGAUUCCCAAAAAGUAUUUUUUUAAGAGUUCCAGGUGGCCAAAAUUAAAUACAGAAGGUCAAUUAAAAAAAAAAAAUUCUCCAUUUUAAAGUAGAAAAGAUAUUGUAUUCAACAGAUCCAAAAUCAGUUUUAAAUGUAUAUGAUUUGGUAAAAUGUUUGGGAAAGGUUAAUUUGGGAUUAUGAAGUCAUACCCAGAAACAAAUGUCAAAUAGUUGAUAGUAAAGAUAAACAUGAGGUAGAAAAAUCUUCAAAAGGAUAUUAAUAGAAAAUAUGAAUGAAAACAGUGAAUUUCCCACAUUUAAGGCACUUAAAAUUACUACAAAGUACAGUCUUUUACUGUAGAGCUAGAUAUCUUAUUUUUAAAGUGGCCAAAGGACCAAAGACUGAUCAGGUUUUUAGAAUUUGUUAGUGUUGUCAGUCAUAUCUUUUUUAUUUUUUGCUUUUAAACUGGUAAUCUACGUUGUCUCCUAGAAAUGGAGCUAUAAUAAAAUGUGCCGUACAUAUCUUUUGGAAUAGGUAACAGAGUUCUAGAAGAAUGGAAAUGUUCUCUUGCACAAACUUGUAAAGUUUUAGUUAAAAGUUACCUCAUUUCUCAAUCCAUAAGGUGCUUUGCUCAAGCUUGUGGGAUGUUACACCCAUAAAAACCACCUUCACCCAAACUGUAUUUGAAAUAUGCAAAAUUCACAGCUAAGGGAUAGCAUUCCUUGGAGAUUCCGUUUCGUUUUAUUCUUGUUUACCGCUGGCAGAGCUAACACGGUAUAGCAGAUUUACGUACUGUCUUCAUUAAAGCACACAGGCAAGUGCUCAGUCAAUAAUUUAUUUCAUUAAAAAUCAAAUAAGGGCAAGGAAAAACUCUAAAAUUUGAUCGAUUAUAUUCUAUUGUGACUAUAUUUCAUUCCGUGUUGGGAAGAUAUCAAGUGACGAUCAUUUGAUCUUGGUUGUGCACAAUUUAUUUGCAUAUUUUGGCCCUAUUCAUAAGAGACUAUUAUUUUAAUCCUCUUAUAGUUUCCCUCAGGAAGUUCAGGGACUCCACAAGUCCCUCUUUUAUUCUCUUGGAGUAAACUGUUCAGUGUAGUUAUGAAAUUCUUAAUCUUGAUUAAAAGUUUAGCUGCUAUUUAAGUUAAAAGUGUGAAUUAUAAAAUGAUGGUUAUGAUUUUUUGCCAAUUAUGUAAUAGUUUUAAAUUUUACCCUAUUUGUUGCACAGAGCAUGGUUUUUAAAGAGAAAAGAAUCAAAAACUAGAAGCAAUUACAGCCUUGUCCCUGGAUUUCUUCUAAUCAGGAUAUAAUGAUUAUACUCACACAUUGCCAUCUUUACAGAAAUUGGUGCUUUAGAGCAUUAAAGAGGAAACAGCAGGCCCUGUAAAAUAUACUUCUUGCCUCAGAAUGUAAAACUACUUUAAAGUGUAUUUAUAUUUAUGUUCAUUUCUUAAGGUUUAAAUACAAACUGUUGUUAUACAUCAGGCUUUCUAUGAAGGUGUAACAAUCAUCUUAGCUCAUCAGUUUGGUCAAAAUAGAUGGUGUUAAUACAGGCAAAAUUAGGAAUUGGAUCUCUCCGUGGGUCCCUUGGUGUUGCAUAGAAGGGAAAAAAAGAAUGUCUCUCACGCCACAAAUUGUGCUUCCUAAUCCCAACCAAACAACUGAAAUGUGUGCUAUUGGUCUAAUAUAUAGCAUUAAUAAAAUUAAAAGAGCAAACCAAUUAAUGCAUUUACAUCAUCACUUCAUGAAAAUGGUUCAAAGCAUGUUCUAAUGGUGGGGCUGUUUAAAGACAUGUUUUUAAAUUUUUUAAUAGCUUCGUUGCUGUCAUAAAAUGCUUUUGUAUGUUAAGGUUGCUGGUACUCACGGAUUUUUUUUAUUUCUGCAAUUAUGUUAUAAUGAGUUGCUUGCAUGCCUACUCACCCAAGUAAAAAGGAUGCUGUUUGCUCUGGAAUGUUCAUCUUUUAGACAGGUUUUGGCUCAUUUGCAAUCAUGGUGCAAUACAUUGUAACAUUCAUUUGUUUUCAGUCAACAGUUUUAUUUUUGUCAUAAUAAAUAAUUACUUUUCCAAUAUGA